AUGCAUCACUUUUCGCUCCUAAAUGCGUUUUUGUUCUGCAUCUACCAUGUUGCACGUUUGGAAGCCGCUGGUGCCCACGACUUUUCACUCAUAUUUAACAACAAGCCGUCAAAGAACUGGGUCGUCCUUGUCGCUGGUUCCGACUCCUGGAUAAAUUAUCGACACCAAGACGUCAACCCGGAUGUCUUUGCAAAAGUACUGAAGGGCGAUGAGAAACUUGAAAAAAAGGGAAAGAAGGUGUUGAAAAGCGGUCCUGAUGACAACAUUUUCAUCUAUUACACUGGCCAUGGUGCUGUUCACAGUAUAUCCUUUCCAGUUGGAUCACUCAAUGCCGCGGAAUUCAAUGAUGUCCUCGCCAGCAUGUAUUCAAACAGAAUGUAUAACGAGUUGGUAGUUUACAUGGAUGCUUGCUACUCUGGUUCUAUGUUUCGCGAUCUUCUUCCUCCA